UAAACCCUCCCUCUAAUGCUUCACCCACUCCCCCAAAAGACUCCUCCGAAUGACACCCCACAUCACUCUCCCAAAACCCCCACAAAACCCUCUAAACCAACACAGCUUUGAACAAAACUACAGGCAAGUUUGCAGCCUCCUCCUCGACCUAACGCACUCCAGGUCCCUCCCAAAGGGCCUCCAACUCCACGCACACAUCAUCAAAUCAGGCCUCCAAGCCAUCCCUCUCCUAUCCCACCACCUCAUCAACUUCUAUUCCAAGUCCCAACUGCCCCUCCUUGCCCACCAAGUUUUCGACGACGCCCCACGUAAGUCGUCCACCACUUGGAGCUCGGUUAUCUCGUCCUUUGCGCAGAAUGAACUUCCUUUGCUUGCCCUCGACCUCUUUCGGCGAAUGCUCGGUACCCAGGUUCGGCCCGACGACCAUAUAUUACCGAGCGCGACGAAGUCGUGCGCGAUUUUAUCGAGGUGCGAUGUUGGGCAGUCUGUGCAUUGCCUUGCUGUGAAGACUGGGUUUGAAUUUGAUGUGUUUGUGGGGAGCUCAAUGGUUGACAUGUACGCCAAGUGUGGAGAAAUUGGAUAUGCUCGGAAGGUGUUUGACGAAAUGCCUGAGAAGAACGUGGUUUCCUGGACUGGGAUGAUAUAUGGAUAUGCUCAGUUGGGUGUGGAUGAGGAGGCUUUGAGACUAUUUAAGAAAGCUUUGUUUGAAAAUUUGGAUGUUAACGAUUUUACACUUUCGAGUGUUGUACGGAUUUGUAGCAAUUUGACGCUACUCGAACUGGGGAGGCAAGUACAUGGGUUGUGCUUUAAGACAUGCUUUGAUAAGUCAACCUUUGUAGGUACUUCUUUGAUUUCGUUGUACUCUAAGUGUGGAGUUAUCGAGGGAGCUUAUCGGGUAUAUGAUGAGAUCCCCGUUAGGAAUCUUGGUUUCUGGAAUGCAAUGCUAAUAGCUUGUGCUCAGCAUGCGCACACAGAUAGAGCUUUUGAGCUGUUUAAAGAGAUGGAAGGUGUUGGGAUGAAGCCAAAUUUCAUCACUUUUUUGUGUAUGCUUUAUGCUUGUAGCCAUGCAGGGUUAGUUGAAAAGGGGCGCUUUUACUUUGAGCAAAUGAAGGAGUAUGGAAUCGAGCCAGGGGAUCAGCACUAUACUUCCAUGGUGGACUUGCUUGGCCGUGCUGGAAAAUUGCAGGAUGCAGUUUCGAUUAUUAAGGAAAUGUCCAUGGAGCCAACAGAAUCUGUAUGGGGAGCUUUGAUGACCGGGUGUAGAAUCCAUGGGGAUACUGAAUUGGCAGCCUUUGCUGCUGAUAAAGUCUUUGAGUUGGGUCCUGUGAGCCCAGGCAUACACGUGCUACUCUCUAAUGCUUACGCUGCUGCUGGAAGAUACGAGGACGCAGCCAAAGCCAGGAAGAUGCUAAGGGACCGGGGGAAGAAGAAGGAAACUGGUUUAAGCUGGGUUGAGGAGGGAAACAGAGUUCACGCAUUUGCUUCUGGGGAUAGGUCUAAUGCAAAAACUGAAGAGAUUUAUCAGAAGUUGGAAGAACUUGGGGAGGAAAUGGAGAGAGCUGGUUAUGUUCCAGACACGAGUUUUGUGCUUCGAGAAGUGGAUGGUGAAGAGAAAAAACAGGCAAUUAGGCAUCACAGUGAAAGACUAGCGAUUGCAUUUGGGCUCAUUAGCUUUCCACCUGAAAGGCCAAUCAGGGUUAUGAAGAACUUGCGUGUUUGUGGUGAUUGUCAUACUGCAAUCAAGUUUAUGUCCAAGUGCACUGGACGAUUGAUCAUUGUGAGGGAUAAUAACCGGUUCCAUAGAUUUGAGGAUGGUAAAUGCAAUUGUGGAGAUUAUUGGCCACUUCAUGAUCUAUCCCGGUUGGAUAAACCCUGGAUGUAUGACUCCACCGUAAGAAUCAUGUAUGGGUUGACCAAGGACUCGAACAGUGAAGCUCGAAAAUCAGGGAGAGGUGGGAAUCAGAGAAAGCACAUGAUAGCCUUCACCGGUGCCGGAAUCGACGAAGAUCCACCCCAUGGCCUUUGGGAAACACAGCUCAGAGGCGCCAUUGUGAGUGAUAUACGAGGAUUACGAAUUGAAAUGGGUGUUGCUGGUGGAGUGAAAUACAAGGACCUCAUGGUUUUUGGAGUUUUGGGUUUCUUUGAAUUUUUCCUUUUGGCUUCCAAUUUUCUGUCACUUUCUCGAGAAAGUUGGAGGAGGAUAAUGGAAAUGCAAGUUAAUAGAAACAGUCGAUAUUUGAUUCCAUGUACUGAAGGUGUAAGGGUCAUUCGAGUCGUGAUGGCCUUUGGGGCCGUUUCAUGUGUGUGGGAAAGCUUGGGAAAGAUGCCCCUCUUUCUCUUCUUCAAAGACACAAGGAAUGUUUUCAGAAACGAUGAGCUAGGCAAGGAAAUAAUGCAGAUCGCACUCCCAUCAGCGCUGGCAUUAACAGCAGACCCUAUUGCUUCUCUAAUAGACACAGCAUUCAUUGGCCACAUAGGUCCUGUGGAGCUUGCUGCUGUUGGAAUUUCUAUUGCUGUUUUCAAUCAAGUCUCAAAGGUAGCAAUAUUCCCACUUGUCAGUGUCACAACCUCAUUUGUAGCUGAAGAAGAUGCUACUGAAAGAUUAAAUACUGAGGAAGAUGACCAUGAAACUGGAGCAGAUCACAAUGGAAUAAUCAACAAGGGUUAUGCUGUACUCAAUCAGGAGAUUGAAAUGGAAGAGCAGACACCACAAGUUGAGUCUAUUUACAAGUCAUACACGAAAACAAAUGACAGAAGGCAUAAUCCAUCAGCUUCAACAGCAUUGAUUAUUGCUAGCCUGCUUGGUUUAAUACAAGCUUUGUUCCUCAUAUUUUCCGCUAAACCAAUACUGAACUACAUGGGUCUAGAUUCUAAUUCUCCCAUGCUAAAACCAGCCCAACAAUUCCUCACAUUGAGGUCUCUUGGUGCUCCAGCGGUUCUUCUCUCUCUGGCCAUGCAAGGUGUUUUUAGAGGAUUUAAGGACACAAAAACUCCUUUGUAUGCUACCAUGGUGGGAGAUGUAGCAAACAUCAUUCUAGACCCGAUAUUUAUCUUCAUGCUCAAAAUGGGGAUUAGUGGAGCGGCCAUUGCCCAUGUUAUUUCUCAGUACAUAAUCGCCCUGUUGCUCAUGUGGAGAUUAAUGAAAGAAGUUGAUCUCUUACCUCCAAGUAUCAACGAUCUACAAUUUGGCCGGUUUCUUAGUAAUGGAUUUAUGCUAUUGGUGAGGGUCAUAGCUGUGACAUUCUGUGUGACCCUAGCAGCAUCAUUGGCUGCAAGGCUGGGAGCAACAUCAAUGGCUGCAUUUCAGGUUUGCCUACAGAUUUGGCUGGCAACCUCUUUGCUUGCUGAUGGGUUGGCUGUUGCUGGACAAGCAAUCCUUGCAAGUUCAUUUGCGAGGAAGGAUUACGACAAGGCCACAGCAACUGCUUCUCGUAUACUGCAGUUAGGCUUGGUUCUGGGGCUAGUGCUCUCAGUCCUCCUCGUAGGUGUAUUACAAUUUGCAUCGAGAUUAUUUACAACGGACGUCAAUGUUCUGCGACUCAUAGGUCUAAGCAUCCCGUUUGUUGCAGUGACUCAACCUAUCAAUGCUUUAGCAUUUGUUUUUGAUGGAAUCAACUAUGGAGCUUCAGAUUUUGCAUAUUCUGCUUACUCAAUGGUUUUGGUGGCAUUUGUGAGUAUAGCCUGCUUAUUUACACUAUCCUCGAGUUAUGGCUUUAUUGGUAUCUGGGUUGCUUUGUGUAUCUAUAUGACUUUGCGCGCAUUUGCUGGCUUUUGGAGGAUAGGGACUAGAACGGGGCCCUGGAGAUUUUUAAGGGGCUAAUCGCAGCCUAAAAAUGUUUUGUAGAGUAUUUAUUUGUUUUCCAUAUUCCAAAUAUUGUUGCCCUGUCUUUCUUUCCCAAGGUCAACAGGAAAAGAUGAAGAAUUGUUAAGGGAUGGCACUUGUAUGAUGUAUCAGCCAACCUCCAGAAAUUUUCAUUUUAGAGGAAGUAAUUGUUACAAUAAGUCUAUACUUAUUGUAAUAUCCUUAUUUUUUUUCCAUGAAUGAUCUAC